AUGGAAGGAGAAAAGAGUCUUGAUGUGGUUGAGGAAGUUGCAGAGCAGAAGGAUCAGUCUGCUGUUGAUGUUGAGCCUGUACAGGAUGAAGUCAAUUCCCCUGAAGCUGAUAUGCCUGUAGUUUCAGAGCAGAUGUCAGAACGGAAGGAAGAGGAUUUGGCCGAGAAGGAGCCAAUAACGGAGACUGCUGCAGAGGAGGUCGAGCAGCCGGCCUUGUCCAAGAAGCAGAAGAAGAAGGACAAAAAGAAGAAGCAAAAGCAGGAGGAGAAGAUAGAGGAGGAGACCGCUGCCCCUGCACCUGAGCCAUUGGCUGCAGAAGAGAACGACCAACUGGCAACCGUCAUCAAUUCCAGCAAAGAGACCCAAGGGCAGCCCGUUGUUGAACCUGAACCAUCUACCGAGCAACAGUUGGCUCCAAACAUUGAAGAGCCCAUAAUUGAACCAGCCCGCGAUCUCGACAGAGAGAUUCCUUUGGCUCAACCUUCGGAAGAUGUGGAAUCUGCCAAAGACGCCGAACCUACUGAGUUAGCGAAUGUUGCUCUCGAGUCCGAGCAGCUGGAGGAAUCCUCGCUAUCGAGGAAGCUGAGCAAGAAAGAAAAGAAAAAGCAGCGUCAAGCUUCACUUGCACAACAAGCUGAAGCUGAAGCCGCAGCUCCCUCUGAGCCGGAAGAGCAAGCACCUCUGGAGACCGCUGAGCCCGAGACCACUACUUCUGUCUCCGACGCUCUGAGCACAUCUGCAUCUGGUCAGCAAGAAGAAGAUAUGCAGCCCGUCGACACCAGCGUUGCCGUUGUCCAGCUUUCCGAGACUGUCCACGAUGGCCCAAAGGAGAUUGAACAACCAGCUGUGGAAGCCGAUCACCCCAUUUCCACAGAAAACGAGCGACCAGAGCCCGUCGAUCAGCCAGUGUCUGAGGAUCCUAAGCCAGAGGAGGCCGAUCUAGUCUCAACUCCUGCAGAUACGACAUCCAUUGCUCCGCCGCCUCCGGAGAACGAGCCGGAAGCAGAAGCUGAGCUACCCGCACUUUCAAAGAAGAUGAGCAAGAAAGAAAAGAAGAAGGCUGCUGCUGCCGCUGCCGCUGCCGCUGCCGCCCUUGUAGCUGCUGAAGAGGAGAAGUCUGACGAGCCGGAACCUGUGCCCAGGGAAGCCACACCUGCCCCGGAAGAAACCGUCGAGAUCACCGAUAAUAUCCAACAGGCUCCCGAACUUGAGCCUGCUUUGCAGCGAGAGGUCUUCGAACAAGACCAAAAUAAGCCGGACCCGAUGACCUCUGGAAUUCUCACAGAUGUCGCGGAGAAGCCUACUGCAGAGACCGAGACGCAGAUUGAGCCCACUACGGAGGAGCCCAAGCCUGAAGAGGUUGUACAGGAGCCUGUUGUUGAUGAGCCCAUCACUCGCAAGAUGUCUAAGAAGGAGAAGCGCAAGGCCAAGAAACAAGUCGAACAGGAAGCUCUGGAUACCCCUUCAAUGCAGACGGACACUGCGACAGGGACUGCGACCGAAGUUGUGCCCGAGGCCUUGGAUGUCGAGGAGCCAAUGACUCCUGGCGAGUCCAAGGAGUUGCCCUCUGAGGCUGAGCCUGUCACUCGGGAAGAGACCACAGUUGCGGAGAUUUUGCCUCUUGAGAAUCCUCCCAUGACAGUUGACGAUAGUCUGGAAGAAGAGACGAAGGAAACCGAGAAGACGGAGCCCUAUGAUCCCUUGGGUGCAGUCGAUGCUCAAUCUUCCACCGAGCCCAAGACGGAGACUGAACAUCAAGUUCCCGUUGAAUCUGUUUAUCUUGAGAAAGCAGCUGAUAUCGGGACGGCUGAUGAUGUUCUCACGAGUCCCCCGGAAGAGCCCGAGGUGGUUGCGCCGCUUUCUAAGAAGCUGUCCAAGAAGGAAAAGCGAAAGGCCAAGAAGAAGGGCGUUAUGGAAGAAGAGCCUUCUAACUUGGAGAACGACGAUGUUUCUACUGCCGAAGCUACUGCUCCUCCAGGCAAACCCCAAGAAGCUACUUUCUCUGCACCUGUGCAGAUGGAAUCAGAACUCCUGGCAGAACCCCCGGUCGAGGCAGAAACAACGAGAGAAGUGGAGCUCGAGAGCGACACAGCAAAGGAGAUUGAGCCUGCUAUCGAAGCUCAGCCCGAACUUGAGCCAGAACCCGUAACGGAAUCGACUCCAAUCAUUCCCAUUUCUACUAUCGAAGAGCCCGAGCCUGAGAUGGAGACUGCGCUCUCGCGAAAGGCUUCCAAGAAGAAGGCCAAGAAAGCGAAGAAAGCUGGUCAAGCCUUGGAGCUAGAGUCACCCGUCGAACAUGCGACCGAAGAACAAGAAUCUAUCUUGGCUCCUGAGGCGGAAGCGUUGACCAAGUAUAUCUCUGGUCCGACUACGCUGGAGAAAAAGCAUGACGACGAAGACUGGCCUCCAAUUGAUUGGGAGGAUGGCCAUUCCCACAAACCUGAGCCAUCUCAAGACAAGAUUCCCGAGCCUGAGUCAGUCACGCCUGUUCCCGAAUCCGAGGCCAUUGGGGAAUACGACGAGUCGGCCAUUCCUUCUGCCUUGCAAGAGGCCAAGAAGAAUCUGGAGCAGCCUGUUGAGGAGGAGGAAGAAACUUGGUCUGCGCCGCUCAGCAAAAAAGACAAGAAGAAGGCCAAGAAAAACAAGCGUAAGUCAGAGCAAGCAGCCCUGGCAGUUGACGAGCCCAACGAGGAGCCGUCUCACAAAAAAAUUGAGCUGGUGCAUGAAUCCAUGCCUGAGCCACCCGUGGAAGACCCCGUCUCUGUCCCCAAAGAGAUCGAGACUGAGCCACCUGCUCGCACGACGACUCCCGGUGGCUCCAAGAUUGCAAGCCUGUUCCCUGGCUUGGAACGUGGAGGAUUUCGUCGAUCGGCCAUCGAGAAGAACUCACCGUCGCUAAAAGAUAGUGCUGAGGAAGAGACCGCAGCGGACUUGGAAGCAAAUCGCGAUAUCGCGAUCCCCGUCUCGGAAGCACCCCUAGCGACCACUCAAAUCCAUGACAACCCUCAAUUCACCUUCGAACCAUCUACGGAGAGCCAAAGAGGAGAGCUUGACACUACGACCAUCCGCCAACACGAUCCGGAGGCGAUUACCACUUCACAGCAGGAGUCACCCAUCGAUCCCGAUCUCCCCAUUAAUCUUGAGUGCUCUAUUACUGAGCAAUUCCCCUCCCCAGAUCAUGCUGCCUCUAAGGAGCGAUCGUCCAUGCUUUUCGGCUCAUCCCCUUCUACUCGGAUUGAAGAAGCAACUUCGCCCCGUCGCUUGUUGCCGUCUCAGAUGGAUGCUCCCAACGAUUCUUCAUGUGGAUUGCGCCGAACCCCAACCGUGAUCCACGGGCGACACCAGCAUACUCCCCGAACGUGGAACUUAGAGGAGCCUACUAUCCCAGCCCCAUCUUCGUCUCCACCUCGCUCUAUCUUUGGACCCUACGAUGAGCCCCAUUCUCGGCCCCGGACUCCGCUAGACCCCAUUGCGGAGCAGGAGCCAGGGGAUGGGGACAAUGCAUCCACGGCUCGUGACGGAACUCCCCGUUUGGAGAUCAAGCCAGAGCAUGUUUUGCCCCGGCCUCAUACUCCUGUGCGAAAAUUUACAGACAAUGCAAUGGCUCGAGAGGCCUGGCCGACUCCGGAAAAUGACAAAAUGGACAAACCGCGAAGCCACGACGACCUCUCGAAAACCCGAAAAUUCAGCGGCGAGUUGGGCUCGCCCGUGACGCAGACACCCGAACAGGGCAUGCCUGUAUUGAAGCCCAGCAGCAGCAAGGGUAAGUUGCGUCGCACGAAUCGCAGUACGAGCAGCGAUCUGCGGGGCGCUAGUAAAGCGCUAGACUCCUCCCAGCCUCCCCCAAAUCUCGAUCUCGAUCAGCUUCCCUCUUCUUCCUCUUACGACCCCGUCACCGACAAGGGCAAGCGUCCCCUACGAAAUAUGUCGGAUGUCUAUGAGGGAUGGGGUGAGACGCCCAGCUCCCCGCGGUCGCCCAGCCGACCGCCAAGUGUUCGUCACCGUCGCAGUAUGCAACAUCUUCAAGACAUGGAAGCUCGCCUCGAUCAACUCAUCUCCGAAAACCGCCUACUGAUUGCCGCUCGCGAUGAGGCCGAAGACAAAAUGCGCAAUGCCAGCGUCGCUCGGCGGAAGAGCGACCGGGCCCUCAACUCUAGCGGCGCCGACUUGCGAGACAAGGAAGCCGAAGUGGAACAAUUGAAGAGCUCUGUUGAGUGGCUGCAGCGGGAAAUGAGUCGUCUGGCCCAGGAGAAUGAGGGAUUGACGGCGUCAAAUGCUGCUCUCGCUGCCGCGCACGCCGAGGAAGUCAACACUGUGCGCGAGUCCUCCACACGAGAGCUGGAUGACUUGCGGUCGCAACACCUUGCAUUGUCCACCCAGAUGGAUAUUCGUGUGCGACAAGAAAUAGAGUCGGCUCUUGCCCAAAAGGAUGCUGAGUUGCGACGCCUCCGCGAAGAGCUGGAGGAAGCCCGUGACAAGGUGAAGGAGCUGCAACAACAGAUCGCAUCGUCGCUUCAAGACAACACACUUGUCUUCAGAGACGAGGAUUACUUUGAUGCUGCCUGCCAAAAGCUCUGCGGUCAUGUUCAACAAUGGGUGCUGCGCUUCUCAAAGCACUCUGACCACCGUCGCUGCCGCACGCUCAGUGAGCUCAACGACGAGAAGAUCGCCGAUCGCUUCGACAAUGCCCUGCUCGAUGGCUCCGAUGCCGAUUCUUAUCUCUCUGACCGUGUUCGCCGACGUGACGUGUUCAUGUCGGUGGUUAUGUCCAUGGUGUGGGAGUACAUCUUCACCCGCUACCUCUUCGGCAUGGACCGCGAGCAACGCCAGAAGCUCAAGUCUCUAGAGAAACAACUGGGCGAGGUCGGUCCUCGUCGCGCCGUUCACCGCUGGCGUGCAACUACCUUGACCCUGCUGUCCAAGCGCCCGGCUUUCGCCUCGCAGCGCCAAAGCGACACCGAAGCUGUCGCCCUUGAGAUCUUCGGUACUCUGUCCCGCGUCCUUCCACCCCCGUCACAGGUGGAAGCUCAGCUCCUCGAGUCCCUGCGCAAGGUUCUUCGUGUCGCUGUCAACCUCUCCCUGGAGAUGCGCACCCAGCUGGCCGAAUUCAUUAUGCUGCCCCCUCUGCAGCCUGAGUACGACACCAACGGUGACCUGGCCCGCCAAGUGUACUUCAACGCCUCGUUGAUGAAUGAGCGUAGCGGCGAAACCACCUCCAACGACGAGCUCGAAUCCCAACAAGCCGUCGUCCGCAUCGUACUCUUCCCCCUUGUCGUCAAGAAGGGCAACGACGUUGGUGAAGGCGAUGACGAAGUCGUCGUCUGCCCCGCUCAAGUCCUCGUUGCUCGACCAGGAAAAGACAAGCGUGUCUCCAAGAUGGUGAGCGGCGACCGUAUGUCCGUGGAUGCCCGCUCGGUCUAUAGUGCUGCACCGAGCAUGGCACCUCCCUCAGUGAUGGACAUGAGCAAUGUGAUUUGA